AUGCCUCUUUACGAAUUAAUUGUUCUCGCAAGAGCUAAUACUGCUAAGGCUACUACCAGUUUAGUUUCUAGUGUAGCUUAGAGCAUUUUAGAAAAGGGUGGUAAUGUAAGAAAUACCACUAUAUUAGGUGAUAGAAUAUUAAAUAGAACAGUUAAGGGUAAUGAUGAUAAGAAGCAUCUAGUAGGUCGUUAUGUCUAAAUUCUUUAUGAUGGUAAUCCUUAAAUGAUGGGUUAAAUCGAAAAGGCUGCUCGUGAAUCUAAUGAAGGUAUUAGAGCAAAAACCUUUAAAAUCAAGGACUUUUACAGCGAUGCUUAAUUAUUUAGAAGAGCUCUUAAACAAACUUCUCCUGUUUAUCCUUCUUAUCUUAAUGACAAGAGUUAUCUUCACUAGCUUAAAUAGAUUGCAAAGAAAACUAACAAGUAAUGA